AUGAGUGCAAAGUAUCCGACGACAAUGAGCUGCCGAGAGGCAUUUGAUCAGUUGACGAGCUGUUAUUCGAUCGGAGGCCAAUUCAGAAACUAUUACAGGCAUGGAGAUUUCACAUCAUGUGACAAGCAAGUAUCCAAAUUCAAGUUCUGCAUUGUUCAUAGCAACGACCCCGUGAAAGUACAGGAGUGGUACAAGGAGCAGGCUUCCAAUAACAAGAUGUUGCAAAAUAGCACCGGCAUCAUUUGGCAGGAGAGAGAGACGGAUCCAAAGAAGUGA